AUUAAGCAAAAAUAACGAACGAAUUAUGAUGUAUGAACUCUAUGUAAUCUUAUCGAGAAGAACGAUCGAUUUCUAAUGCUCCUAGACUGGCUAUAAAAGCUGCAAACCGGACGACAUAUUAGCCAUAAGUCCAUAUCUACCAGAAAGAAGAUGAAAACUGUAGUUCUGUUGCUGCUCCUGAGUUGCAUUUCCAUAGCUUUCUCCGCUACGGUCAAAUGUACGUCUGGAGGAUGCGCUACCAGUUCAUGUAAAUUUGGAUAUACCAACGGAAAUGAUGGGAAGCCCAGUUGCUCUGAUGCAUCCCAACUAAAAAGUUGGAGGAACAAUAACGAUCCUGUGCACUAUUGGGUCUGUGAGGCUGUUGGCAAACCAGCUGUGUCAAAAAUAUGCUCGACUAACACCCUAUACUUAGAGUCAGCAGGGAAGUGUGUGUGCGUUGAUGAUUGGGUUUGGACACCACCCUGUGAUCCAGAAGAUUUGAGUGCAGGAGAGGGUGGGUCAGCUACCGGAGGCAAUGGCGGGGGAUGCUCUUAAGCAUAGACAUAAGCAAAGAAAUAGCCACAGGACAACAAAUAAUAAUUCCAAAGUCUUUCAAUUCUAUGUAAAUAAAUAUUUAGUUGGAUAUUUAUAGCAUACUAAGAGAUGUACUAUAAAAAUUAGAUACUUUCCAGAAUAAAUAAGUGGUUACAACAUACGUACCAAAAAA